GCUGGAGUUAUUCUAAUACCAGACCCCAAUGUGUAAAGGGCUCUCCUACCUGCCCUCCUCAUGCCUGGAGAAGGCAAAAGGGAUGCGGGUGAAGUUAAGCCACUUGUCUGACCACAAGCACAAGGUUCAGGAUGGAAAAAUCCUUCAGGACCUGGAAACUCUGCUAAACAACAAAACUGGUCUGCAGGUGUUUCGUGGCUUCCUGCGUUCAGAGUUCAGUGAGGAGAACCUCGAGUUCUGGCUGGCUUGCCAGGACUACAGGUUUUCCCCUUCAAACCUGCAGAAGACCAAAGCCAGCAGCAUCUUCAGCCAGUUUAUCAACCCUGACGCCCCGCAGGAGGUGAACCUGGACGCUGAGACCCGCGAGGCCCUGCUGAGCGUUGAGGACUCUCUGUGUGCCGACACAUUCAACAAGGCCCAGCAGAGGAUCUACAAUCUGAUGGCCAAAGAUUCGUUCCCUCGGUUCCUGCGCUCCAGCCACUGCCUGGAGGCCGUAAAGGCUUUUUAAUAAACAUUAUUACUACAGACCUGCUUCAGUAAUAAGUGCUGGUGAAUCUGUGCUGCUUAAUAUGCUGAUUGUAUUCUAUCACUGAUGUUAACAAACAGCUUGUUUUGUGAUUGUGUUAAUGACAACUUAGAUUGUACCGUGUUACACACUGUAUCCUGCUGUUAUUGUAAGUACAGUUAGAUUAUCAGAUUGUGACCUCAAAGCUUAAAUGUAGACGCAGAUACAAAGUGUUAAGCCACAAAUGCCGUCCACACAGGAUUCUAAUAAAUACCUCAUACAAGAGAA